AUGUCGGUGCGAGUCGAGACUGGUGCGAUGGCGGCACCGGGGGAGGUGUUGUUCGCCUCGCCCGUGGGGGCGCGGGAGGCCACCGCCGGGGCCGGGUGCUACACACGAGUGGUGGAGGGUGCGGGGGAGGGCGCGGAGCGGCACAUUGUGGCGAGUCGCCUGGGUGUGGUGCAGUGGGACGGCUCCGUGGUGGCGGUUUACCCCUGGGCGGCACUCUCGCCGCGCGUGGGUGGGGGUGGGAGCGUCGGGGAGGCCGUGGAUGGGCUGCCGGCGUCGGGCGCGCGAGCGGCGGUUGUGUUUGGGCCGCGGCCGGGGCAUCACGUGCUCGUGCGCAUCACCCACAGCGGGCGCUUCUCUGCGAGUGGCGAGGUGAUUGCAGUGGACGGGGUGUGGAGCAGCGGCGGUGGCGGCGCGGUGCCGGGGCGCCAGGACAGCUUCCGCGGCGUCCUGCGUGCCGAGGACAUCCGGCCGUUCCGCGUCACGAAGGACCAGCUGCAGCCGCCGCUGCCUUCGGAGGCCUUCUGCGCUGGCGAUGUCGUGCAGGCCCAAGUGCUAUCGCAGUCCGAGGCCCGGCUGUACCAGCUCACCACCAUACCUGAGUGCUGCGGCGUGGUGCAGAGCAGCGUGCAGUGUGGUGGGCAGCAAGUGGAGCUACAGGCGGUUCCCGGCAGGCGGGAUGGGAUGCUUUGCCCGGUAGACAGGCAGCUGUAUCCUCGCUGGUGUCCCCUGGUGCCCGCACCGGAGCGCAGUUAG